ACGCCUCUCUUUUUACCUGUUGCCUUACUAACGCAAGAAAAAAAAGAAAUGCAGCCAAACCAGCCCAUGCCCAUAAACCUCAGAGCAUCUGUUGCACACUCACAGAAAGUACAGUUGGUGUCUGCCCUUCACAUCAACACCAUAAUAAGCGGAUCAUCCGUCACAAAGUCUGACACUGACAAGCAUGUUCAGCACCAGUACAGACAACCACCCCUCGGGAUACAACCUGGGCCCACAGGCAGGUGACCAGGGGUCUCGUGGGGGCCACAAGCCUGAAGGAGACCACGGAAAAGAGGGGCGCCACGGUGGAGAUGGUCGCCAUGGAGGGGAUGAUCGCCAUGGAGAUGAUCACCAUAGGGAUGACAACCGUGGAGGUGAUCGCCACGGCAAUGACCAUGAUGGCAGUCAGAGGAGACGCAGCCCCGAUCGCCAUGGUGACCGUGAACAUGACCUCGACCACAGCCCUCGUCGGCAUCGCCGCGGGAGCGGGAGCGGCAGCGGCAGUGGCAGUGGCAGCGAUGGCGAGGGUGGUCAUGGAAACAUGGCAAACACGGGCGCAAACACAGGCAUCGUCAUGGGAGCGGAAGCCCCAGCCGUGGUCAUGGUCACGGUCACGGUCGUGGGCGUGGUCGUGGGCGUGGGCAUGGCCACGGGCCUCCAAACUGGUAGUGCAGUGAAUCCAGGCAGCAGAGCAGGCCACCAGCAGAGGCCCGUCCUUUUGAAGAGCCUUAAAAGUGAAAGUAUGUUGCUCUGUCCUGACACUGAGCUCACUGCUACAGUAGUUUCAGCGUUUUAUUUUUUCACUGAAGAAGUUUUGUUUUUUUUAAUCCUGCAGCCUUUGAAAUCCAGCCAAACAAGCUGAGUGGACGACUGCAUAGUUUAGGCAAUAGUUUAGGUGAUCUUCACAUUUGGGUGAAAUAAAAAAUGAU